CAAAGACUGGGUGCAUGGGGGCUGUGCACAUUUAUUCUACAUUCGCAAUAACUGUCGGUGGUGCUUUUUUGGACUAACUGAUAUCUUUAGGGGAUAAAAUAAUGCAUGAAAUGGCGUCGAGUGAGGACAGUGAUGACUCGUCUGAAGAUGGUCCUGAAUACAAUCCAAUCUUUCAACCACCGCUGAUCGAACAGCUGAAGAAAAUCCUAGAUGAGUACCCGGACGAUGGUCAGAUUCUAAAGGAAAUCAUACAGAACGCUGAGGAUGCUGAGGCGUCUCAGAUGAAAAUCCUGUUCGAUGAAAGAUCGGUGAAUAGUGAAGAUGGAACUAUUGAAAAGAAGUUCAAAAAAUAUUUCAAGGGUCCAGCCUUGUGUGUAUAUAACAAUGCCAAUUUUACAAAGGAGGACUGGGAUGGAAUACAGAUGAUUAACAGUAGUGUGAAAGAAUUUGAUCCUGUUAAGAUUGGACGGUUUGGACUUGGAUUCAAGUCAGUGUUCCACAUAACAGAUUAUCCUAUGAUAAUAAGUGGCAACAGAAUGCUAGUGCUUGACCCUCAUAAAAAUGCCAACCGUGUCUGCAUCAAUAUGAAACUGAACAAACUCCAUAAAUAUAAAAAGCAUCUUGAUAUUUCCUACUGCUUAAAUGCUUUAGAUGGAUUGUUCCAAUUUUCUCAGAAGACUCUUGAUUCCGGAGAAUUCAAAGGAACUUUAUUCCGAUUUCCUCUUCGUCACGAGAAAACGAACCUGUCAGAUAAUGUGUAUGACAAAGAGAAGAUAUUAGAUCUCUUCAAUGCUUUUCAAGCAGAGGCAUCCGUUGAACUGUUAUUCCUGAAAUGUCUUGAGAAAAUAGAACUGUAUAUUGGUGAUAUAUCUGGAUCAAAUGUUUCAGACAGACCCCAUUUUACUGUGAAAAUUGCAGAAAGCUGUCUGGAUGAAGUACGUGAAAGAAGGUCUCAAUUACACCAGCACAUGAAAUUAGUUGGUCGGGAUAUUGCAGCGAAAACGUUUUCCACAAAGUUUGAAUUAACAGUCGAAACCCAAACCGGUUCUGUAGACAAAUUAGAACAGAGCUGGUUCGUUUUGCAUUGCUUAAAAGGUGGAAAUCUGUCAGAAGAACUAGUAAAACUUUCACAGGACAAGGCAUUGUCAUAUAGUCCAUAUAUCAGCAUAGCCGUGCCGAUGACAAAUGAUCCAGAGUUCAAAGGUCAUGUUUUCUGUCUGAUGCCAUUACCCCUAGAAAAUAAAAGCUUGACUGGAUAUCCAGUUCACGUGAAUGGAUAUUUUGCAUUGAGCCAAAACAGAAGGCAUGUCAAAUGGCCUUCAGCUGAUCAAACAUUGAUGACGGGACACACAGACAAAUCGAAUAGAUGGAACGAAUGCUUACUUAAAGAAGUCUUAGUAGACGUAUAUGAUAAAGUUAUCCAAGAUCUGAUACAAACAUGCAAAGACAAUGGAAAUACUAUUGAGCGACUGAACCUUAUUUACAAAUCAAUCCCUGAUCAUAGACUAAUAACUAGUCACUGGGAUCUGAUUGUCGAUCCUUUGUUUGAUGUACUUCUUAGGACACCGUUUUUGUUCUCUGAUAGUUGUGGAGGCAAAUGGAUUCGUCCAGAGGAAGCUGUCUUUAAGAUAUUUAGCAGUGAUGUUUCCAGUGAUGUGAAGACAACGAUCUUUAGAUUAAUGCAGAAGUUAAGCAUUGAUUUAGUUGAUGUACCUGAACACAUUAUUGAUGUACUGAAACGCAAAAACAUCUCCAUACAAAUUUUGUCCCAGGAUUUCAUUUGUCAGAGCAUGAAGUCAAAUUCAGCUUACAAAUCGUUCACAAGUGAGGAAAAACUGGACAUUUUAAGUUUUCUAGUAUCCGAUGGCGGCUUCUCCGGAUUACAUGGUUUAGAGUUACUCCCCCUGAACAAUGGUUGCUUCUGUUCAUUUAAUCAUAGAAACCAGAACAAUCAGGUGUUUGUCUGUAAAGAAGAAGUAUAUUUAUUUCCUGGACAAGAGGAGAAGUUUAUUAGACAAGGACUGAAUGACGAAGUUUACAACAAACUCUUCACAGCGGCGAGCAAGGGAAACUUUCAGCUAGCAAUUCUUCAUGAACAAAGUGAUGUUGCCAACCUAAUACAAGCGACUAUAGCCAAGUACAUAGGACCAAUAACCAAGAAAUGUAUUCAAUGGUCUCAAUCAAAUCCAGUAGGAAUGGACUGGCUGAAGAAAGUUUGGUCUUACAUUCAGCAAUAUGAUCUGAAUUUCUUUAGUCAUCUGAAUUUGAUACCACAUACCAAGACAAACGGACUAUACAAAAUAUCUACCGUAUUUCUUCUGAAAUCAAAUGGAUCGUUCGAUAUUCCUUCGGAUGUAUGUUGCUGUUUGGGAUACUUAGAUAUUGUUGUUCUUGAUUUUAUACCUUCUGAAAUUGAAAAUCACAUAAGCAUUCGCAAUUUUAUUUAUUUGCCGACAGUGGAAAAUGUCUUCCAGAUGUUAACAAAAGUGCAAGCGAAUGGUAAUGUUUACCAAUUCAUUCAAAAGUUCAAUGAAGCAGUCACAAACUCUCAAAGAUCGCAGUUUGUAACAUAUAUUUCACGAUAUUCUAACAUGAACAGACAUUUAAUUAGUCUUCUUUCUUCUUUGGCACUGUUUGUUGAGAAGACAUCACGACGAUUUGUGUCGUUGAAUCAAGUCAGAUCUAUUGCUGACACUGACGGUCUUCCCUUGAGGUACUUUCGGGAAACCUUAGAUUGUUCUGACACAAAAUACAGAUCGCUAGCACAAUUGCUGAAUGCUACAUUCAUCGACAGAGAGGAUGUUAUUAUUGACAUUUUGCAAAAUCUGAGUAGCCAAUAUUCUGAGAGUGAUACGAACAAAAUGAUGGCAUAUGUCCUGAAAAAUAUUUCAUAUUACCGAAAGAGCGAACAAUUGUUAAGUCUUGCUAAAGGCAUCCCGUUUGUAUACAGCAAUGAUGGACAGAGAAAACGAGUAGCAGAAUUGUUUGAUCCAGAAGAUCCUAUUUUACCACUGAUAAUUUUGGAUGGGAACAGAUUUCCGAAGAAACAAAGUUUGAUUGUUGAACUAAAAAUACUGAGAAAACUAGGUUUAAAGACGGUUAAUGAUGUUACUCCACAAGAUGUACUGUGUUGUGCACAACACAUUCAUAGUAACUCACACAAAAACACAGAGAAAGAACGCUCAGAAAAAUUGUUCGAAUUUUUACAGAGAUUUAGUGGACUGCUGAAUAAUAACAUAUCUGGAUAUAAGCUAUCGCAUCAUCUUUCAAACCUACGUUUUGUCGAGCCUAGCCAGCGGAGAAGAGAAUUCCCCUUGUCUCUGCCAUGGUAUACAGAAACGUCAGAGAGUACUUUUUGUCGACCUUGCGAUUUUCUUGACGCAAAACAUACAAAAUUAGUAGGAAGUGUUAGGCCAGUUUUGAAUCGUGACUUUUCAACUAAUUUGGCCUUAUGUUUUGGUUGGACAGUAGAACCCACUGUGUCCAAUGUAGUAAACCAGCUACUUAUUAUUACUGAGAAAUAUAAGGACCAGAACAAACCUGAACUGUUACCUAUCAUUAAUGACAUCUACAGAUUUUUGGCAUCACACUAUGAUGGAAGUAAUAUCUUUCAGAAUUUAUGCACCCAAAAAUGGAUUUGGAUAGGCAAUGGGUUUAAAGCACACAACCGUGUUUAUUUGAAAACUAAACCAUCUGAUAUCAACCUCACUCCGUAUUUGUACCCCCUGCCUGUUGAAUUAAAAGAUUCAAUUUUGUUACAGUUCUUCAGGAAAAUGAAUUGUAUUGAAGAGCAAGACACCAUAUUAUUGAUCAGAGUUCAAUCAAUGAUCCGGGACAAUUACAAGAGCAACACUAAAACAAUUGAGAGGGUAAAAACAGAUCUUCAGCUCGUUGUAAACAUUUUGAACAUUGUUAAAGAUGCUCCGAACGAUCAGGUCGAUGGUGUAUUGUUUCCGAUCCAUCAACAAGAUAAAUUGAAGGUUGUAUUGAAACCUCCUAACGAAUGCAAUUAUUCUAAAGAUGAUGAUGACAUAUUUGGAGAUGAAAAACACUUUGUGCAUCAAGAUGUACCAGUUGACACUGCUGAAAAAUUGGGUGUUCAAUCGGUGACGGACACAUUGCUGGAAGAUGCGGAACUUCUUGAAGAAUGGGGACAAAGUGAACCUCUGACUAGAAGAAUAAAAAAUCUACUCGAAGCGUACAAAGAUGGACUUUCAGUACCAAAAGAAAUUAUUCAAAAUGCUGACGAUGCUGGAGCUACAAAGGUUUGCUUUAUGUACGACCAAAGGGAUCGUGAAAAAUACGGGAAGAUGUUACUCGACAAAAAUAUGUUUGAAUGUCAGGGACCAGCACUUUGGGCGUACAACAACGCAACAUUUUCAGAUGAAGACUUAAAGAGUAUAACGAAAGUAAGUGGUGCAACCAAAGAAACAGACACAACUAAAAUCGGAAAAUUUGGUCUUGGAUUUUGCUCAGUCUACAACCUGACAGAAGUUCCAAGUUUUGUAACAGGGGACCAAAUGGUGAUAUUUGAUCCUCACUAUGAUUAUCUUGGAGAUGCACUCAAACGUAAAAAACAACCCGGUUUGAAAAUUGAUUUGCGGAAAAAUAGAAAAAUAUUAGAAAGAAAAAGAUCGCAGUUCGAGCCAUAUAAUGGCGUUUUUGGAUGUAAUCUUAAUGUUCAGCAAGAUAAUGUAUGUUAUAAUGGAACUUUGUUUCGGUUGCCACUAAGAACUAGACAGCAAGCAUCAUCAAGCGAAAUAAGUGACAAACCAUACAACAAUCAGCAGAUGAUAAGUCUGAUGAGAAUAUUUGCCGAGGCCGGAGGAAAUCUCUUGUUAUUCACACAAAAUGUUGCCACCGUCGAGUUUUAUCAUCUACCGGAAAAUGAAACGGAUCCUCAAAAUGCUUCUCUUCUAUAUAGUCUACAAAGACAGACUUUGCAGUUAAUUGAAAGACCCAUGUAUAUGGCCUCUGCAGAAAGCAGGAAAUCAGUUCUUCAGGAACUCUCAACAAGUAUUGAAGACGUUAGAAAAGACCCAAAUAAACACCUGUCUCCAGUUGAACUAAGUAUUUUACUUCAAAUUUCAGUCAAAGCAACAGGCGGACUAGCUCAUAUUGGGAUAAACGGGAGUUCUUCAUCAACGAAAUGGUUUGUUACAUGGGCAACUGGUACAGAUAGAAGCAAGACUCUUGCAAUGGAUUCAGCUGUUAAGGGUUUACUGCCUCUAGGUAGUGUGGCUUGUCCGUUAGAAAACAUACAUGGGGACACGUACAGGACUUGCCAAUUGAAUGAAUUACCUUUCGGGUUUUACAAAACCAGUCAUGUCUUCUGUUACCUCCCACUGCCUGUUGAAACAAAAUUUCCAGUUCACAUCAAUGGCUCUUUUGCUGUAACAUCUGAUCGCAGACGACUCUCAUGUAAAACAACAGAUGAUAAGGAUUCAUUUCAGAGCGACUGGAAUGAAGCUUUGAUGACGGAUGCCGUUUGUAAUGCUUAUAUACUGUUCCUUAAAAAUCUUCGUCACCUAAACAUUGAAACGAAAGAACAGUUUCACAAACAAUGGCCUGUACAGUAUAAGAAAGAGGAAAACCAGAGCAACUUUGGUAAAUUGCAAGUUUCAUUUUAUCAGAAAAUAGCAAAUGAAAAGAAAGGUAUUGAAGUAUUUAGGAGAGAAGAAAACUUUACCUCUAUUGACCAUUGUAAGUUUCUUGACCCCAAGAUACUGGAAACAGAAUUUGGUGACAAGGCAUUUUCUGUUUGUAUUCAACUUCUUGAAAACGAUAAAACUACAAUGAUGCAAUUACCAAGCAGAUUAAGUUCAUGUUUUAAAGAUGCAGGAUGUGAGUCAAUAAUAGAAUCAAGAAUAAUAAAUAUCAUUACGUUUUAUUCAGAAUUAGUUUUGCCACAUCUUUCUUCAAAUGAAAUUUGGGAUGAACAAAUCAAAGACCAGCUCAUGCUUCAUGCAUUGGACAAUGCAUCUGAUAAGAUACUUUCGCUUUUGCAGAACCAUGAAUCUAUACCGACAGCUCCAAAUAGACUCUUUAGACGUCCUAGUGAAAUAGUUAACAAAACAGGACCUCUGAAUGUUCUCUUUUGUGAUGAAGACCAACGGUUUGUGGUUGGGACAGAGUACACUACAUCAAAAAGAUUGAAUACUCUAAAAAAUCUCGGAAUGAUAACAGACCAACUUUCAGAGGAUCUGAUUGAAGAUAGAGCAGUUUCAAUACAAUCUCUGGCUACAGUCUGCUCUCAAUGUGCACUAGAUCGCUGUGCACAAUUUGUAAAAUAUCUAAAUACGAUGCACACGAGUAUCAUUAAAAACCAACGACUGUUGAAUAAAUUGCAGUCAAUUAAGUUUUUGCCAAUAAAAUCUAAACCCAAUGACUGGAAAUGGACUUGGGCUGCGGAUACAGUUGCACACCCUGGAGAUAAAUGUGAGCAUUAUACAUGUGGGAAUGAAAACCAUAGGAAAGAUACCUCUGUAGUUUUUGAACGCCCAAUUGAAAUUUAUUCUGCAACAUUGAAUGAUAUUGUAGGAUGCAUAUUUCCAGUUUUGGAUGAAAGUUACUUUUCACGUGACAGCUACCAUGAACUUUUUACACAGCUUGGUGUAAAUAACGCAGUUGAUCUUGGACAAGCAUUAAACAAUCUAUCCACUCUUAGCAAUGCUGUUUGUCAAAAUGGAAUUGGUGAUGGAACACAUAUGUUGAACAACACAACAUUGAGUGUAUAUAGAUAUAUCAAUGAUAUUUCCAUACACAACUUACACUUAGAAGAGAAGGCUAGUUUUUUAUAUGAAACAGCAGAGUGUUAUAUGGACAAAAAAAUUCUACUUCUUGAUGGUAGUUUUGUAAAACCUAACAAUGUUUUUUUGGAUAUGUCUGAAGACUGUAUCCCUUACCUGUAUAGUCUUAAAAGGGCAGACCAUAUCAGAAAAUUAAAAGGAUUUGUAGAUCUCUUUAGAAUUGAAAAGCAAUGUCCUGCUCGACGGGUAAUAAAUGAAUUACUAUCAUAUCAGUCUAAACAUGGAUCAGAUGCAAUGAACGAGAGUGAAGUGAGACUUUAUGUUAGACUUUUGAAGGUUUUAGUUGAUUCACUAAACAGCGAUGUAAUAGAUAAUGAUACUCUUAGGGAGCUAUAUAUUCCAGAUGCUGAUGGAGUUCUGAGCCCUAUUCAUACGUUAUGUCUUGACAGCAUCGAUAUAAAGUCCACAGAUACAAUGAGAUUCACACAUCAAAGUAUCUCCCCAGAAAUUGCAGUGCCAUUAGGAAUCAAUACUAAAAGACAAAAAAAGGUAGCCGACUGCUCUAGACCAUCAAAAAUUUAUUCAAAAGACUUUGGUCAGCACGAGGAACUUAUCACAAGGAUAAACCGUAUACUCUCGGGCUAUCCUUGUGACUCUGGUGUACUGAAAGAAAUGGUGCAAAAUGCAGAUGACGCUAAGGCUACAGAAGUGCAUAUUGUCAUGGACUUUGCUAUGCAUCCAACAGACAACUUACUUUCCGAAACAUGGAAGCCUUUGCAGGGACCUGCUGUUCUUGUAUGUAAUGACAGUUAUUUUUCUGAGUCUGAUAUAGAAGGAAUCCAAAGGCUUGGAAUAGGCAGCAAAAGUGGAGAUCCAACAAAGACUGGACAGUAUGGAGUUGGAUUCAAUGCUGUGUACCAUCUGACAGACGUUCCCUCAUUUCUGACAAGAGGUCCAGAAGUUCAAACUGGAGAAGUUCUUUGUGUAAUGGAUCCACAUUGCAGAUAUGUUCCAGAUGCAACGAUUCAAUGUCCAGGUAGAGAAUAUAUAAAUACUGAAGUAUUAAAAGAAGAACAUCCUAAUGUUUUUAGCUGUUAUCAUGAUCAAAUUCUACUAAAAGAAACUGGAACAAUUUUCAGGCUCCCAAUAAGAACAUCUCAGUUUAAAUCAGAUAUUUCUGGAUCACACUUAACCAUAGAAGAUGUUAGAGAGCUUGUUAAUGGCUUCAAAGACGAAAUGGGAGAAAUGCUGCUGUUUGUCAACCAUGUAAAAUCUAUAAAGGUUUCAGAAAUAAUAGAAGGAAAGUUACAACCUGUAUACUGUGUUCAUUUGGAAAUGUCCGACACAGAUGCAGAAAUGAGACAAAAGUUUUAUAACAUGAUAGACAGUGGAUCUAAAAGCAUUCGGGAUUGUCAAGAACCAGACUCCAUCGAUCCAAAUGAAGUUAAAUAUUUUGCCGACAUCAGAGAUUGUAAUGGUGCAUAUUCAAAAUGGUUAAUAGUUCGUCGAAUGGGUUUUUCAGGAAAACAUAAAAUACCAGAAGAAGUUAUCGGUUCCUACAGAAAUGGAAAUCUUGGCCUUCUACCAAGAGGAGGUAUAGCUUUGUCACUUGAUGAAGGGAAGAACGAAAAGGAAAACGGCAAGGCGUUCUGUUUUCUGCCACUUCCAGUUGAAACUGGACUACCCGUUCACGUGAAUGGACAUUUCGCAUUAGAUCACGAGGCAAGACGAAACUUGUGGACAGAUGAUAAAGAAGGAUAUCGAUUAUCUUGGAACAAAUAUUUAAUGGAAGACGUCAUUGUUCCAUCUUAUGUAAGUGCCUUACAUAUAUGGAAGAAAAAAUACAGCAUCGAUACUGGUACACCAACAAAUGCACAAAAUAUGAAGAAAACGCUUAUAGAAUACCACAGACUUUUUCCAGACACAUCAAAGAUUACAGGCAUUUUCAAGUUCCUGGCGCAAAGUUUAUACAGAUGGAUUUAUAAUUAUGAAGAACAUAUGUUUCCAGUAUGUAAACUUGUUACAAAAACUGACGUAAUAACAACCUUUUACCCAGUUGUAAGUGAUGUCUUUCAUUUUCCUUGUGUAUUCAACACAUUAAAAACAAAAAACAUAACAAUAACAACCGACUUCAAGACUGUUUCACACACUAGCAAAAGAAUAAAUGAGCGUGUUUCAAGUUUGGAGCAUUCAGGGGCAUCACUUGAAAGCAGAGCUGUUCAAAGGCUAUCACAGUUCAUACAAAUAUGCAAAGAUAUAGGAAUCAAAUUGCUGGAAUGCCCAAAACAUAUUUUAAAAAGUAUGAAGGAUGCUGAUCUUAAAGUUGAAGAGAUGACCCCAGUAUUGUUCAUUUCCUUUCUUAAGUCACAUGAAGAAGAACAUGAAGAUAGUUGUAAGAUUGGUAAAAUGGGACAGUCACUGGAAGAAACUGCUUUAAGGAAAAUACAGAAUCUUGAAAUUUGUAUAGAGUAUUGUAAAAAGGUGACAAACGCAAAUUUUGGUGACCUAAUGGAAGGAUUACCUUUGAAUCUGACAAAUGAUGGUGCCUUACGCUCAUUCAGUACGUCGCAUCCAGUAUUUUGCUCAAUAUACUGUAGUCUCCUGCCCCAUACAUCGAAUUUGUUUUUGCACUGCAAUUUAGUUGAUAAUUUCAGCCCAUCUGAUAAAGGAUUGAAGGCAUUUGAUAUCGAAGGCUUUGUUGAACACCUCCCAGAAACUUUACAUUUAGAGAAAUACCGAACGAAGAAUAUACCAGUAGAAUGGAAUCCACAAAGUUCUAAUAUUCCAGAAUCAGAUUGGAUUGAGAAAACAUGGAAAUUUCUUAGUUCUGUCGUACGUAAUACACAACAGAUGACAGAUAACACCGAAUCAAACACCAAUGCUGAAGUUAACACAUCAGAAUCUAUUUUAAAGAUUCUCAACCAACUCCUGUAUUGGAGUUUGGUUCCGUCAGUUCAAGUGAAAACAUGUUUAGUUGAACAAGAAAAUGAAACAAAAACGCAUCUUUUAAUGCCUGUGGGUGAAGCUAUGUUUAUACUGGACAUAAGUACGUUUUCGGGAAAGCUCAAAAGGGCUUUAGAGGAAUUAAGGAUGCCCUUUCUAGACGAAAAUAUAUACUUUGAGUACGACAACAUUGUAAAGCAUUUGGUCGUUGUAAGAGAUCGUCCAAUCUCUUUGCUCAAUCUAUUAUUUGAAAAGCGACAUACUAUUGCAAGUCUACAAAUUGAACCGACAGAUUGUAUAGAAAUAAUGGACUUUCUAUCUGACCAUUUAGACAUUAUGCUAAAAAAUGAUUCGGAAAAAGAUAUUUUGGAAAAAAUAAAAGAAAUACCGCUCCAUGUCAGCAUUACAGGACAACAUUGUAACAUAAAAAGUGGUCAAAGCGUUCUGGUAAUAAAUGAUAUAGUUAUAACUGAUGGAAUCGAAGAAUGGGCUGAAGCAUCAUAUACCUUACUUCUGCAGACAAGUACAAAACUCACUAAGCUAUACGAAACAUUAGGUUUUACAGAUAAAAACCUGAAAAAUAUUGAUCUCUACCGAAAGCACUUACUGCCAAAAUUUGUCGCUUUGCCUAGGGAACAUCAUAUGGCGCACAUCAAGUACACACGAGAUGUUUUGUUAACAAAACCGAUUGGCGGUUCCUUUAAUGAAGUGCAAGAAGAUCUCAUUUCAAUACUAGAAAGAGUUCAAUUUGUGCCCGAUAUUGAUGGGGAUUUGAAAAUAGCAUCGAAGUUUAGGGAUCCAACAAAUGAGCUUAUGCGACUUAUGCUUUCAGACUCGGAAUUCCCAGCAACAGAAUAUAAGGAUAGCGAAUGGAUUUUUUUCUUGAAGAUAAUCGGCUUACAAACUGAAAUUACACCAGAAAUGGUCUUACAAUUUGCAAAUGAUAUUGAGCAAAUUGGACGGAAUGGUAUAACAAAAGAAAAUGAAAAGGAUUUGACAUCAAAAUCCAAGUUGUUAGUGGAGCAUAUCUUUACUCGACUAGAAGUAGAUACAAACAUGCUGAGAUCAUUAAAUACCAUAAAAUUUAUUCCUAUACACACUAUUUGUAAUUGGAAAUCACGUAUAUGCUCACAGGCUAAUGAAGCAGAAUUGAUCAGUUUUCAUAAUGCGACUCUCAGUUAUAAGCAAGAUAUUUGUUGGACAAGAUGUUCGUUAAUUCCAGAAUGGGCAAAUCCAUUAAAUCCAUUAAACCAGCAUUAUUAUGUCGGAAUGAAAAAGUAUGACGAAAUGUUCAAACAUUUAGAAAUAGUCGAAGAACCAGAAUUUAGAGAUGUUGUUUGUCAUGUGCAGAACAUAUGUGACAAUAUGAAUGCACUCAUUCCCACAAUCCAGGAGGAUGAACGUCUUUCCUCAAGAAUAGAAAAGUUAAUGAUUGGUAUUUAUAAAUGGUUACAUGGUAAAAUGAAUGAUGGGUCAAACAAGGAUAGCAUGAAAAGGACACUUUAUGCAAAACCUAUUAUUUUUUUGCCGGUAUAUAAAUUAUUUGUCUCAUGCAAUAAAGUUGCCAUACACAUAAAGGAGGAAGAUGUUAUAAAGCCAUAUCUUGUGGAGGCUCCGAGUAAAUACGCCUCUUUUUACAAUUUAUUUGAAUGCCUUGGUAUGCAAAGACACAUAAAUGUUUGUAGUUUUGUUCAUGUGUUAAACCAACUGAAAACGAAUAUUGGAGACAGAACGGAGCUAUUCGCAGAAGAAAUGCAAAUUGUAAAGCAAGCGGUUCAAAAAAUGUUCGACUAUUUACGACUUCCAUUAUUUGGUGACACUGAAUAUAAACAGCUUUCAGAAUUAAAAACGCUUACUAUGCUGUCAAGAGAACUCAAUCUAUGUGAUUCAAAGCUUCUAGUAUAUUCUGACAAUGAAGCUUUUGAGGAGAAAAUAGGAGGUGACAUGACAAUGUCAUAUCUCGUAAGACUUGACGAACUUGGAGUAGGGAUUACUGGUUCAUUUUCACGAGAAUUUCAAAAAUUGCCAAAACAUUUACAACCAAACAUUUUGUCAAACAUGAUAAAAAAAAGAUUGAAAGACAGUUUUGAAUUAGUUCCGAUAGAUGAAAAAGGACAGUUAAUUGCUACUUUGCUAAGUUCCUCGCAGUUCCAUAAAGCAGUAUUCCGUAUUGCUAUGCACGCAAGAAAACGAAUUGAAUGGUUAACUGCGUUGGAUCUGAAUGAAAACAUUGUAAAUAAGUGGAUUGAAAACCUAGAGAAAAUACAGGUAUUACAAGUCCGAACAAUCGAAUUUGAUUUAAAGUUUAGAGACCAGAAGGUAGGAUCGAAAGAGGUUACUUGUUAUUACCAAAAGAAAGACGACUCUCCCAGUAUUUUGUAUUGUGCCCUAAAGGCUACAGAACUGAAGGAAUGGGUGGUCGAGAAUAGUGGUGUUUUUGAUUAUGCAAUUUCCCAUUGUUGCGACAGGAAAUUUUUCGACGUUGGAGGCUUGCUUGUAAAAACUCUACUAAAGAUCGACAAAUUAGAAGACAUGUCAAUAUUGUUAGAUAAUGAAAAUGUUGAAGAAUUUUCUAUUUCAAUCAGAUGCCAAUCUUCUUUGUUUCCACCUACUGGUACAACCGUGCAUCAAAAUUGGCAUAGGUUUUUAGACAACAGUUUUACAGAGUUUCACGAGGGUGAAUAUGUAGCUGUUCUUUUGAGUGAGGAACAGAAUGAAGGCGAUAUGUACAUCCCAGCAGUCUAUAUUUAUGCCAAGAUCUUACAGAAAUGCGACCCUAUCCAAAAUACAUUAUCUAUUAUCAGAAGUACGUUGCUAAAGUACAAGGUGCUUGUAGGGCGUGGUCGUAUUCAGGAAAUACAUGCAUUUGAUAUAUUCAAAUUUAAUCGGAAUAAACAAGAAACUACUCAAGAGCUUGUGCCUUUUCUCGAUAUAGCAGAUACUUCUCCUGACGACAGACCUUUGGAAAGCAUUUGUCAGGAUGUAGAAGCUAUUAUACUUGCAGCAUGGACUUUACCAGAAGAAGAAAGACGAAAAUUAAUCAAACGAUUGUACAAAAAAUGGCAUCCAGAUAAAAAUCAUGGAAAUGAAUUUGCGUCAACAGAAGUAUUCAAGUUUAUCAAACAAGCUGUUUUGAAUUUAGAAAGGGGGCACGGCAUCAGAGAUAACAAUACAGAGGACUUUGAUUUUUCUAGGAAUUCAGCAUUUUGGUCCCACUUUCAGACAUGGGACCAUGAUGCAACUAAUAAUUCUGAAAGACACUCGUCAGAAACCAAUGGUGGCGGUGGCGCUCAAGGACAUACGGCUGGUCGGCAAAUGCGAGAACCUGUUCCAUCAUUAGCUGAAGCAAAUCAGUGGAUGCAACAAGCUAAACGAGACGUUACAGCAGCCAGUAAUUUUUUUGAAGCAGCGGAAGUAGGACACAAUUUCAACUGGAUAUGUUUUAUUUGUUAUCAGUCUGUUGAGAAGAUCUUGAAAGCUAUGCACUACAACAUGGAUUCAAACAACGUUCCCAAUUCAAGCAGCUUGGAAAAUUUGGUCACUGGCAUGAAUAUUGAACUUCAGGAUAUGGUCAUUACUUUGACGACAUUACUUGGAAACCACGCGGGAUUGUUAUACCCAGACCGUCAUUCAAUUCCAAGUAUACCUGCAGAUGAAUUCGACAAAGCAAAAGCAGAUCAAGCGAUAAAACUAGCACACAAGAUUAUAGAAUAUGUUUCUGACAGGCUCUGAAGAUCUGAGGAUGGUGGAAUUGAGAAGAAACAGUUUUCAGAUAUUCUACAAAAGUGAAUUUGAUAUCUGUUGAGUUGAUCGCAUGUGUUUAUUGACCGUAUACUUGUAAUAUAUUGAAUACAUGUUGGGUUUUCUUUUUUACAUCUGCACAACUGAGAAUGGUGCAACAUUGUUUAAUUGACAUUUAAAAGACAUUAUAAUGCAGUGAUAAGUUAUUUGUUAUUUGAUCUGAAGAAAGUCUUCGAGACAAGUAGUUCAGUAAACCACGCAAUUAAUUUAACAAUCAUGUUGUUAAUGAUUUUAUUUUAAACGGUUCAGAAAGGUUCAAAUGAAAUUGACCUUUGGUAGAGAUAAGUAUUGUUGAUAUAAUAUAAGAAAGACUUACUUAAAUGCACAUACAUUAUUAAAACUUGUUUGUUGAUUUUUUUAUGUAAAUUUUGUUCAUUGUAUAAAUUCUUUAAAAGUAGGAAAAGUCUUUACUUCUUCACCAUUAAUGACUGAUUUACCCUAAGAAUCUGUGCAAAUUAUGUAACUAUUUAAUUGGUGUCUUGAAUCUUUUCUUUUUCGAAUCUGCACUUCAUGUUUUCUUUUUAUUAUUUUAUACUAUACAGUCAUAUAUAUCUUAUUAAAGCAGUUUUUACAAACUGCGUGUAAGUCUUGUUCUGAUUAUUUUUUUUAUAAAACUAAUGAUAACUUUAAUAUUUGUUCAAUAACAUAUCUCCGUAUGAAGAUUAAGGGAUGAAUAUGUAUGAGAAACAUUCUGAUUACUACAGUAUAUUCUUGGCCAUUGCCGUAUAGGGAAAGUAGUAGUAAUUAAUUUCCCUAGCUUUAGGUUGCCCUUCUGUGUACCGUGUAGCUACUCAGGCGAAGGUAGUCAAUUUUAGAGCGUUUUGGUGUGUAAAUUUACAACAUAAUAUUUGAAACACAUGGAUAUAUAUUUUGGAGAAUUUUUUGAAAAUAUUUCAGAUUUUUCAUAAAUGUUUUGUAAAAAGACGGUUGCUAUCAUAAUUGAUACUUUGGUACAAGGUCAAUAGAAAGACCGUCAUGCCACAAUGUGACUUCAAUUUCUAAAACAAUUAAUAAAGUACUUCUAUCACACUCAACUUUCUUGUAAAAAUUAGCAAAUUCAGAAACUAUUAGUUCUGUCGCCUAUGAUGGGAAAGUAUUUCAGUUUUUCCUAUUAUAAGCAUUAUUUGUAUAGAAAACGUUGUUUGUCUCCAUCCUGACUGACUUACUAAGUGGAAGGUUUUCAAUGAUAAACUUAUAUGAAUCAUGUUUGUUUGUUUUAUGUGUUGUAGAUUAUAUGCUGUUUUACUUCAAAAUAUAUUAUGACAUACAUAUCACUUGAAACUGCAAAACAUCUAAUGGAAAGAUUUGUAUCAGACAUUUUCGUUACACUUAAUUUUGUUAUAUAUUAAAACUUCAUGCACUUUUUUUACAUCAUUGUUUCAGUAUAGCCUUUUUCGGCGUUUUAUUUUUGCACAUGUAUAAAUGUACGCAAAACAAUCGCAUGUUAAAACAAUAAAUUAAGGAUAUGCCUGACUUCAUGAGUAUGGACAGACAGUAGAGUUUCUGUUAAUAGUUAGACUAGUUAUGGUAUUUAUUUACAAUUGAUUAUUUGCAAGAUAAUUGGCUGUUAAAGACCAUAAUGGCAAACAAAUUACUUUAAUUGAAACUGUUUUUUAUGAUUCAAAGAGGGAGGCAUGUUUGAACUAUCUAUACGGCAAAUGUGGCCGCUACUACAGUUUUGUAUUUUCAUAUUUGUAUACUACUUUUGUCAAGCGCUUUUAAAUUUUGAUAUCUAAUGUCAUGUAUAUUAAUUAAAAAUGAGAUAAGUUAUUGAAAUGUGAUACUGUUAGUAAAGAUUUGAUUUGUAUUUAAGUGUGUACAUGGUUUGUAUUAUGAUUUUACUAAUAAAUGUUUUGUUUGCUUAGAUUGGAAAUAAUAUUAAAUCAAUUUAAUUUGAAAA